GGUUCAAGGGGAGGGGAGGGAGCGGCGGCGGAGGAAUUGUUUAAUCCCCCCGUCACCGUCUCCUCUCGCCAUCACCCACACCACCCUGGUUCAGGCGCGAGCGCGACGUUGCCGGCCCGUCUCCGGCGUUCGGCGGCGGAGUGGAACGACCCCAUUCCCACCAGGAAUUCCAUCGUUUUCGUGGCGUUUGGUGGCGUCCCGGGGCGGGCAAGCAGCAUCAGGAAAUUUCACCGAGGAUACACGUGUUCGGGACGAGAGCUAAGCAAAGCGGAGAUGGACGAGAAGGCCAAGAUGGAGAGCAAGCUGUCCUCGGCGGCGGCCUUCGUGGAGGGGGGCGUGCAGGACGCCUGCGACGACGCCUGCAGCAUCUGCCUCGACGCCUUCUGCGACAGCAACCCCUCCACGAUGACCAAUUGCAAGCAUGACUACCAUCUCCAGUGCAUUCUUGAAUGGUGCCAGAGAAGCUCCCAAUGCCCCAUGUGUUGGCAGCCUAUCAGCAUGAAGGAUCCUUUGAGCCAAGAGCUACUAGAGGCUGUUGAACAAGAGAGGAACAUCCGAGCUAAUCGUUCACAUAAUACUGCUGUUUUUCACCAUCCAAUGCUGGGUGAUUUUGAGAUUCCUGUAGGUGCAGAUGAUGCAGAACUUGAAGAACGCAUUAUUCAGCACUUGGCUGCUGCAGCUGCAGUGCGCAGGUCACACCGCCAUCAUAAUAGAAGAGAUGGGCACCGGAGCAGAUCAGGAGCAAGUAGCCACCCACAAUUUCUGGUGCUUUCAGCAGACGAACACACAACCUCAGGUGAAGAAGGGGAUUACGAACAAGCCCCUGCUGUAGUUUCUGGUCGCCCUUUAGGUGCUCUUGUUGAACAAGAACGCACUCGAGGGCUAGUGGAUGCUUCCAGUCCAUCUCUCCGCUUUUCUACUCCUGCUGAUGGUAGAUCAAACAAUAGGAUCUCUGGGAUUCAAUCUACACCUGUGGAUCAAGAUGGGGCAGGACCAUCUGAUUUACAAUCGAUCUCCGACACUUUGAGAUCCCGUCUACAGUCAGCUUCAAUGAGGUACAAGGAUUCCAUAACCAAGAGUGCAAGUGGAUGGAGGGAGAGGUGGUUUUCUCGGAGUAACUCUUUAUCAGAUCUUGGUUCUGAGGUAAGGAGGGAGGUCAACGCGGGUAUUGCUGCAGUGUCUCGCAUGAUGGAACGGCAUGAUGCAAGAGACGGCAGUGGGCCUUCUCCUACCUUUGCGUCAGGUUCUGGUUCUCAGUGAGACACCCCUUCGUCCUUGAAAGGACAGAUGCAACUGUAAAGAAAAGGUCCAAAGGGACAGAGUUGAAGUUGAGAGCACCUGAGAUCUGCCGAUGGUUCAUAGCCCCUGAUAGCCCCCCCUGCUUCAGACUCCCAGAACUUUGGUGGAGCCUGAAGGUCUUGCGUCGAGGUCACGGGAAAGGAAUACAUGUGGUUCCAAUGGAACAUUCACACUUUUUUACCCUGUGUAAGAUUUUGCAAGGGUGGGUAAUGCAUGAGGUGUCUGUAAACAGAGACAGUAUGACUGUAUGAGUGAUAUGUUGGUCAUGUGGUUCCAGCUUAUAACACACAUAUAUGCAGUAUAAGUAUAACGUGCCCA